AGGAGUCACGUGAAACUGGUUGGUCAUGUGAUCAUGUGAUGUGAACAUGGCAGCCACGGGAGAGGAGGCCGCGGCGAUGGAGAGCAUCAGUAAAGCCCCGGUUCCCCCGACAGACCUCACCGUCGAGCACGAGACAGAGGCGGCCGCGAACGAUGCGACAGACAACCAAAAAGCCAAAAGAUCCAGUAAUAACAAUGACGGAGGAGUGGAGACAGCAGAGGAGGCCACUGAACCCGCUCAACCUCAGAUCAAUGAGCUCUGCAGAGACAUGUUUGACAAAAUGGCAGUUUUCUUACAGGGAGAGCUCACCGCAACCUGUGAGGACUACAAACUCCUGGAGAACAUGAACAAACUCAGCAGUCUGAAGUACAUGGAGAUGAAGGACAUAUCCAUCAACAUCAGCCGCAAUCUACAAGAUCUCAACCAGAAAUAUGCCAGUUUGCAGCCUUAUCUGGAUCAGAUUAACCAGAUCGAGGAGCAGGUUACGGCUCUGGAACAGGCUGCUUAUAAACUAGACACAUAUUCAAAGAAACUGGAGGCCAAGUUUAAGAAACUGGAGAAGCGGUGAAAAUGACUAGGGACUCCUUCAAAGUAGUGAUCCUCAAAAUAUAUCUGGAAGUCUCUCAGAGAUAUUUGUUUGUUUUAUGCACUAAACCGUCUUCAGACUGAUAUCACACACAUACACCAUGGCAGUGUCGUAGUCUCGGAGUAUGGAUUGUAAAGCAAGUAACCUUAGGUACAUAAGAUUGAAUGCAGGAGUUGACAUGCUUUCUGACCAACUCCUGAUUUCAAAAUACACAUUUAAGACUCGAAAAGGCAUGAAUACAGAUAAACCUGUACAGUAUAUGUUGUUAAAGAUGAUUUUGUAUGUUUGCGGUUGAAAAAAAGCAAAUGCUUUUUUGAAAAUUUUUAAAACUUAACCUAACUAAAAUGUCAUUUUUGUGAACUUUUAGAAUAAAAUAAAAAAAAGAGUGAA